AUGCAUCUCCUCCAGAUUCUGAUGAAGCCCCUCCAGGCUCUAGCCACGCUCUUCGCCCUGAGCACACCAGCACUGUGUCUCCCACCAUUCAUUCUCCGCGAAGGCUUUCCAUCACCAUCACUGUACCCAUCCGUAUAUCAGCCAAGAUCAGCCUCACCCGAAACGUCACUGCUCAUCGAGCGCCAAACGCAGACCUGCGCGUCGACUUGCGGCAGCGUCUGCUACUUCCAACGCACCGUGGCCGCCGCUGUGGCCGAGGGCUUCGAGCUCUUCCAAGCGGGCGAGACCGAGGGGUCGGGCAAGUACCCGCACGCGUUCCGCAACGACGAAGACUUUGAGUUGUCUGUCCCUGGCCCCUACCAGGAGUUCCCUAUCCUCAGUGACUUCCAGGAGUAUGAUGGCGGCAGUCCUGGCGCCGAUCGAGUCAUCUUCAAUGAGCAGGGGGCCCUCGCGGGCGUUAUUACCCAUACAGGCGCGUCGGGGAAUGGGUUUGUUGAGUGUGCUUGA